AUGAUUUCGCGCGAAAAGUAAGUGUGGUAAAACAAAUGUAAAAAAACAUUUGCGUGGAAGCAAUAGAGAAGCAAGCACGAAAUAAUGGCGGUGAGUGAUUAUUGUCAAAAUCAACAAUAUAUUCACAUAUGAUGUUUCAACAUAUUUCUUAUUUGACAGAUAGGUGAUUGUUGUUUUUGAUUGUUUAUUUCACGUUUAUCUAUUUCACUUGCUUUGGCAAUGUAAACCUAUGUUUCCCAUGCCAAUAAAGCCCAUUGAAUUGAAUAGUUGUGUAUGUUCCUUGAUAAAUUAGCCGAGAAUUUCUGUUGAUCGUGAUGUCUUUUGUUCGCCAGUCAAAGUUGAGAAAGAAAGUGUCAGGAAUCGACCCACGUUAUCUGGGACAGACAAAUCAUGUGCUGGUUAACAUUACAUCCAUAAUUUGAUUAAUGUUCAUUAGUUCGCUAGCUAGUUAGACAUCAAACUGAUCUAAAAUAUGUAGUUAAUCGUUUAUAUUAUAUAGGUAACUAAGUGUUCCUCGCCAUGUAGUUGGCUAACUAAGUUACGCAAAACAUUUGAUCUGCAUGGGUUCUAUUGUUAGCUAGCUAGAGAUUGCCAGUUUGUCAGCCAUCAUAGUUAGGCACAUAUUUGCAUGUCAUUGGCACCCCAUUGUCACUAUGAAAGUUGGCUGCUAAGAGCGUUGGGCCAGUAACCGAAAUAUCGCUGGUUCGAAUCCCGGAGCCGACUAGGUGAAAAAUCUGACGUGUGCCCUUGGGCAAGGCACUUAACCCUAAUUGCUCCUAUAAAUCGCUCUGGAUAAAAACGUCUGCUAAAUGACUAAAAUGUUAAUGUAUCAAUAAAUGACUUACGUAGUUAACGUUAGCUAGCCGGCUAGUAAACUCUGUUUACCACAGUUUGAGCCUUUGUUAACCAUGUUUAAGGAAUAGGCAUAUUAGUCUUAGCUAGCAAGCUAUCUAGCACUAAACUAUAUGUGUUAAGACAAUAGAUGGACUCUAGAAUAUAUCAAAUGCAAAUGUAACAUGCAAAAUACAUCUGAUUUGACUGACGGUUAUUUUUUCCGUUGUCAGGAUUCAUCUGAGUCAUAUCACAUGGCAACCAGCCCCAGCAGAGGCUCCAGGCGGGGGGACCUGACCUCCAGCCCUGGGAGAGACCUUCCCCCCUUCGAGGAUGAGUCGGAGGGGCUCCUGGGUGAAGGACCUCUGCCUGGGGGAGGAGGAGGAGGGAGACGGGGAGGAACUGAUUGGAGAUGCAAUGGAGAGGUGAGCAAGGGAGAGGAGCGCAGGAGGUGUUCAGUCCCUGUAGUCUUAUACUAUAGUGCUUUACAUGUAGUGUUUUCAGGUUAUAACUAUGUUAUAGCAUGUUUACUAAGGACUUAUACCACAAAUUGUAUAGGUUUAUACAAUCAUAUUUGCUUAUACGUUCUCCCUCUUCCCAUGCAGAGACUAUCGAGCCAUCCCUGAGCUGGACAGGUAUGAGGUGGAGGGUCUGGAUCUUGAUGAGGAGCUGUCAGAGCUUUCUCCUGGAGCCAGGGCUGCUGCCGAGGACGCCAUGAGGAGGAGAGACAGGGAGCAGGGAGGCAGGCUGAGGAGAGGACUGCUGUAUGGUGAGGACUUCUCUUUUUCAUAGUCUGUUAUAUAUUUUCUGACCAUAAGAUUAGUUGUUCUAAUCUUAGACUGGGGGAUUGAAACGACACUCAAUGGUCAGCUUAAGAAACUCCUCAUCACCUUUCAACUCUCCACCUCCUCAUCACCUUCCUCUUCCUCCUAACAGACAGUGAGGAUGAGGAUGAAGAGCGCCCAGCCCGGAGGCGUCGCCUGGCGGAGCGGGCUGCAGAGGGCACUGGGGCAGAAGACGAGGAGAUGAUCGAGAGCAUCGAGAACCUGGAGGACAUGAAGGUAAUAAUCAAAUAUUUAUUCAUAUUAUUGAUUUAUUCAACUGUGAAGCGCAUUGUAUUUUUACCUUGUACAACAUGUGCUAUACAAACAAUGGAUGGAUGAAUUCAUUGGUUGGUUGAUGGAUUGAUUAAUUGGUGGAUGGAUCUAUUGAUGGCUGGAUUGCUUGCAGGGCCACUCUGUCAGGGAGUGGGUGGUCAUGGCUGCGCCACGUCUGGAGAUCUACCACCGCUUCAAGAACUUCCUGCGCACCCACGUAGAUGAGAACGGGCACAACGUCUUCAAGGAGAAGAUCAGCGACAUGUGCAAAGGUACACUAUAUAUACAAAAGUAUGUGGACACCUCUUCAAAUUAGUGGAUUGGGCUAUUUCAGUCACACCUGUUGCUGACCGGUGUAUAAAAUUGAGCACACAGCCCUGCAAUCUCCAUAGACAAACAAUGGCAGUAGAAUGGGCCGUACUGAAGAGCUUAGUGACUUUCAACGUGGCACCAUCAUAGGAUGCCACCUUUCCAACAAGUCAGUUAGUCAAAUCUCUUCCCUGCUAGAGCUGCCCCCGGUCAUCUGUAAGUGCUGUUAUUGUGAAGUGGAAACGUCUAGGAGCAACAACGGCUCAGCCGCAAAGUGGUAGUCCACACAAGCUCACAGAACGGAACUGUUGAGUGCUGAAGCGCGUAGCGUGUAAAAAUCAUCUGUCCUUGCUUGCAACACUCACUACUGAGUUCCAAACUGCCUCUGGGGGCAACGUCGGCACAAGAAUGGUUCGUCGGGAGCUUCAUGAAAUGGGUUUCCAUGGACAAGCAGCCGCACACAAGCCUAAGAUCACCAUGUGCAAUGGCAAUGGCUGGAGUGGUGUAAAGCUCUCCGCCAUUAGACUCUGGAGCAGUGGAAACGCGUUCUCUGGAGUGAUGAAUCACGCUUCACCAUCUGGCAGUCCAACAGACAAAUCUGGGUUUGGCGGAUUCCAGGAGAACGCAACCUGCCCCAAUGCAUAGUGCCAACUGUAAAGUUUGGUGGAGGAGGAAUAAUGGUCUUGGUCUGUUUUUUAUGGUUCGGGCUAGGCCCCUUAGUUCCAGUGACGGGAAAUACAAUAACAUUCUAGAAGAUUCUGUGCUUCCAACUUUGUGGCAACAGUUUGGGGAAGGCCCUUUCCUGUUUCAGCAUGACAAUGCCCCUGUGCACAAAGCGAGGUCCAUACAAAAAUGGUUUGUCGAGAUGGGUGUGAAAGAACUUGACCGGCCUACACUGAGCCCUGACCUCAACCCCAUCGAAAACCUUUGGGAUGAAUUGGAACGCCGACUGCGAGCCAGGCCUAAUCGCUCAACAUCAGUGCCCGACCUCACUAAUGUUCUUGUGGCUGAAUGGAAGCAAUGUUCCAACAUCUAGUGGAAAGCCUUCCCAGAAGAGUGGAGGCUUUUAUAGCAGUAAAGGGGGGGACCAAGUCCAUAUUAAUGCCAAUGAUUUCGGAAUGAGAUGUUCGACGAGCAGGCGUCCACAUACUUUUGGUCGUAGUGUAUUUGAAGAUCAUGCAUAUGGCACUUUGUUGUUAGGUCUGUUCUGAAGUCACAUGAUUGAGAUUGAGUCGGACUGCAGAGAAUCACUGAAAAUUUACAAAUCACCUUGCAUCUAUAGUAGGGCUGGGAAUUGCCAGGGACCUCACGAUACGAUAUCACAAUACGUAGGUGCUGAUACGAUAUGUAUUGCGAAUCGAUAUUGCGGUUUGAUAUUCCUAACAUUGCUCACUAUACAUCUGCUGCAGAGAGACGAGAGAGCCAUGAGAACUAGUUUUGAUCAGUCCGGGAAGUGCUGAAAACACGUUGGCUCACUAUUUAAAAAGAGGUUGGAGAACAAACGAUAAGAUAACUACUACAUUAGGGAUUCUGCACCUGGCUUUACUCUUAACUGAAUCUUGAAAUGGGUUGACCUUGACUAUGUCUAAAGGUUCACAGUCUUGAAGACUACAUUACUGAUGUAUUUGAACCAACCCCAUCCAGAGAACAAAGGAGAGUCUGGUGGUGAACUACGAGGACCUAGCAGCCAGGGAGCAUGUCCUGGCCUACUUCCUGCCUGAGGCGCCUACUGAGAUGCUGAAGAUAUUUGACGAGGCAGCCAAGGAGGUGGUCCUGACCAUGUACCCCAAAUACGACCGCAUCGCCCACGAGAUCCACGUCAGGAUCUGCAACCUGCCCCUGGUCGAGGAGCUGAGAUCCCUCAGGUAAAUACUGACAGGAAAUGAUGAUCACAUGUCUUCCAUGAUUUUAAAAGUAGACUCGGCGAUACACAUUUUAGUAGAUCUGGCCAACUUUUGCAACAACAGCAGGGCGAGAGGCUAAUGUCCUACAGUUGUAACAGGGAUGGAGCAGUAGAGUGAAGGGAACUCCCAUGCACACAGGCAUCACUCUCUCUAUAGGACUAAUAUGAUUGCUUUGCCUCUUUUUCCAAUACAUGUUCCUGUAUUUUCCUGUUCUUGUCUCCAGACAACUCCACCUGAACCAGUUGAUCCGUACCAGUGGAGUGGUGACCUGCUGUACAGGUGUUCUACCCCAGCUGGGCAUGGUCAAGUACAACUGUAACAAGUGUAACUUCAUCAUGGGGCCCUUCUUCCAGUCCCAGAACCAGGAAGUGAAGCCAGGGUCCUGCCCUGAGUGCCAGUCUUUCGGCCCCUUUGACAUUAAUAUGGAGUUGGUGAGUCAGUCGACCAAUAGAAAUACUCUUAAAAAGGGUUAGAAACAUGAGUAGACCAAUAAAAAUAGCAUCUAAUAAGGUUGGAACCAGGAAGUGAAGCCAGUCCCUCAGUCAUCAACAUGGAGGUGAUUCACUGGACCAAUCAGUCCAGGGACCAAAUGGUUAAAUGUUGGGAAUCAAACCUGGGUCUCCCGCUUGCCAACUCAACGUCUUAACCAUUAGACCAAGAGGAUAUUUUGAAGGUCCGAGAUCGACAGUUGGGCUCACUAAUCUCAGGGCUAAUUCUUCACCAGUGUGUGAAGGCUGAGUGAGGGGCUGGCUAACAGAUGAAGACUAGGCAUUGGAAAAAAAUAAAUAAGACCGAUUUUUUUUUUUUUUUUUUUUUUUUUUGUCAGACUGUGUACCAGAACUACCAGCGAAUCACCAUCCAGGAGAGCCCCGGGAAGAUCGCCGCUGGCCGCCUCCCACGCUCCAAAGAUGCCAUCCUGUUGGCUGACCUGGUGGACCAAUGCAAACCUGGAGACGAAAUAGUGAGUCUGACUCCUAACAGAACUGACCUCUCUAAUUCUAAACACUGUAGGGCACUGUAACAUUAUCUGCUAGUGUGAUGUACAGGGUUGGGAGACGAAAGACAAAUGUCAUUGCAUCAAGUAUGAUUUUAGUAGCCCGUUCUGAACAUCCGUGUUUUUUAACUUGUUUUGUUUUCUUAUCCCAGUUAACAUUCUAGAUCAUAUUAUUGUAAAAGACAAUGUCACAAUGUUGACUGGUUAAAUGAAGGUAAUAAAUAACUAUUUUCCUCCAGGAACUGACAGGGAUCUACAACAACAACUAUGACGGUUCUCUGAACAUGGCCAACGGCUUCCCAGUAUUCGCUACGGUCAUCAUGGCCAAUCAUAUCGCUUGUAGAGACAACAAAGUGGCCGUGGCUGAGCUCACUGACGAGGACAUCAAGGCCAUCGUGGCGCUGUCCAAGGACGAGCGCAUCGGAGAGAGGGUAAGUUAGUAGCACCUACUGGUAAAAUGUCAGAACGUGAGCACAUCUGAGACAGGCUGAGUUAGGAGGGACUCUGCUGGGACGAUGUCAGACCACGAGCCCAACAGAGACGGGCUGAGUUAGGAGGGACUCUGCUGGGACGAUGUCAGACCACGAGCCCAACAGAGACGGGCUGAGUUAGGAGGGACUCUGCUGGGACGAUGUCAGACCACGAGCCCAACAGAGACGGGCUGAGUUAGGAGGGACUCUGCUGGGACGAUGUCAGACCACGAGCCCAACAGAGACAGGCUGAGUUAGGAGGGACUCUGCUGGGACGAUGUCAGACCACGAGCCCAACAGAGACAGGCUGAGUUAGGAGGGACUCUGCUGGGACGAUGUCAGACCACGAGCCCAACAGAGACAGGCUGAGUUAGGAGGGACUCUGCUGGGACGAUGUCAGACCACAAGCCCAACAGAGACAGGCUGAGUUAGGAGGGACUCUGCUGGGACGAUGUCAGACCACGAGCCCAACAGAGAGAGGCUGAGUUAGGAGGGACUCUGCUGGGACGAUGUCAGACCACGAGCCCAACAGAGAGAGGCUGAGUUAGGAGGGACUCUGCUGGGACGAUGUCAGACCACGAGCCCAACAGAGACAGGCUGAGUUAGGAGGGACUCUGCUGGGACGAUGUCAGACCACGAGCCCAACAGAGAGAGGCUGAGUUAGGAGGGACUCUGCUGGGACGAUGUCAGACCACGAGCCCAACAGAGACAGGCUGAGUUAGGAGGGACUCUGCUGGGACGAUGUCAGACCACGAGCCCAACAGAGACAGGCUGAGUUAGGAGGGACUCUGCUGGGACGAUGUCAGACCACAAGCCCAUCUGAGACAGGCUGAGUUAGGAGGGACUCUGCUGGGACGAUGUCAGACCACGAGCCCAACAGAGACAGGCUGAGUUAGGAGGGACUCUGCUGGGGCGAUGUCAGACCACGAGCCCAUUUGAGACAGGCUGAGUUAGGAGGGACUCUGCUGGGACGAUGUCAGACCACGAGCCCAACAGAGACAGGCUGAGUUAGGAGGGACUCUGCUGGGACGAUGUCAGACCACGAGCCCAACAGAGACAGGCUGAGUUAGGAGUGUUAACUCAAAAUGACACAACGACUAGGUUCCAGUUUAACGUUUACCUCACCGUAUUACCACAGUACCUAGUCCCCAUCACACUCAGGCCAGGUCCGUCUACAGUGAGACUCCUACACCAUAAUAACAGAAAUAUAGGGAUACAUGAAACUUAACAAGGAGGACCCUGUAGUCACAAGUCUUCCCUCUUAUUUAUGUAUGGUUUAUUUAAUAGCAACAGAUACAAGGCCAUUGACAUACUGUGGAAACCAUUAUUAAUGGCUUGCAGCACAAUAUACAGUGAGUGCACAAAACAUUAGGAACACCUUCCUAAUAUUUAAAUUGCACCCCCCUCCUUUUGCCGUCUGAACAGCCUCAGUUUAUCGGGGCCAUGGACUCUACAAGGUGCGUGAAAGCGUUCCACAGGGAUGCUGGCCCAUGUUGACUCCAAUGCUUCCCACAGUUGUGUGAAGUUGGCUGGAUGUCCUUUGGGUGGGGGACCAUUCUUGAUACACACGGGAAACUGUUGAGCGUGAAAACCCCUGCAGUGUUGCAGUUCUUGUCACAAACCGGUGCGCCUGGCACCUACUACCAUACCCCGUUCAAAGGCACUUAAAUAUUUUGUCUUGCCCAUUCACAGUCUGAAUGGCACACAUACUCAAUCCAUGUCUCAAUUGUCUCAAGACUUAAAAAUCCUUCUUUAACCCAUCUCCUCCCCUUCAUCUACACUGAUUGAAGUGGAUUUAACAGAUUACAUCAAAGGGAUCAUAGCUUUCACCUGGUCAGUGUAUAUAGCAAAUGUUAAUUGUCAAUAUCCGUAGAUAGAUGGGCUUUUAGUAACUCCUUUCUGGUCGUGUUUUCUUUCGUCAUAUCAUGCCUACUGGUAUACCCUAUUCAACCCCCGCUCUGUCUCCUGUCUCUGCAGAUCUUUGCCAGUAUAGGCCCCUCCAUCUACGGCCAUGAAGACAUCAAGAGAGGCUUGGCUCUGGCUCUGUUUGGUGGAGAGCCCAAGAACCCAGGUUGGUGGACCAUUCAACAUCAGCGGUAGCCAGCCUUCCUUCUGGAGAACAACCUUCCUUCAAACAGAGUUGGUUGUUUUGAUCAGGGCUGGAGCAAAAACCUGCAUUUCCAGUAGCUGUCUUGGAUGAGGGCCACCCUGGUUGGCUACUCAAUCCUCGGUUAUGAUAUAUCCUCUAUCCUUCUUACCUUACCCUCUCUUCUCCAGGUGGGAAGCACAAGGUGCGUGGUGACCUCAACGUGCUCCUGUGCGGUGACCCUGGUACGGCCAAGUCCCAGUUCCUGAAGUACGUGGAGAAGGUGGCCAGCAGAGCGGUGUUCACCACAGGCCAGGGAGCUUCCGCUGUGGGCCUGACCGCCUACGUACAGAGACACCCGGUCACCAGGGAGUGGACCCUGGAGGCUGGGGCCCUGGUGUUAGCGGACAGAGGGGUCUGUCUCAUCGACGAGUUUGAUAAGGUGAGAGGGAGAAAGGGAUUUGGGUUAGUUAGACUAAGGGAGUGGAGGCUGGAGCCCUGGUGUUAGCGGACAGAGGGGUCUGUGUCAUCGACUUUGUGAAGGUGUGGGGGAAGGGCUUGUGAAGGUGUGGGGGAAAGGGUUUGAGGAUGUGGGUUAGACUAGGGAGACUUAAGUAUAGUAUAUUCCCAGCAACAUUCAAAGUAAAGAAUUUGUUUUUUAAAAAUGUCAGUGCCUUGUGCAGGGCCAGGAGUAUUUUCUGGUCAGGUCAUGUCAGGGAAAAGCUCCUAACAAUAACAUGGAAUAAGAAGUCUAGAGUGUUUCCUGGCCAUGACACUCCUGUGGACUGCAGUGCUCAACAUGUCUCUCCUCUCCAGAUGAACGACGCAGACAGGACCAGUAUCCACGAGGCCAUGGAACAGCAGAGCAUCUCCAUCUCCAAGGCUGGCAUCGUCACCUCGCUCCAGGCACGCUGCACUAUCAUCGCUGCUGCCAACCCUAUUGGUGGUCGCUACGACCCGUCUCUGACCUUCUCUGAGAACGUGGAUCUGACUGAGCCCAUCGUGUCUCGUUUUGACGUCCUGUGUGUGGUCAGAGAUACUGUGGACCCAGUGCAGGUAAAGACUAUUGGCCAACUUCUCAGAUUUCUAUUAUUCAAAUUGUUCACGUUUGUUACCUCAUCCCUGUAAUGACAUGACCGGAUGUUUUGUUAGUUGGCUGAAUGAAUAGGCACUUGUCUUUGUCCACCAUUAUAGGAUGAGAUGCUGGCUCGUUUCGUGGUGGGCAGCCACAUCAAGCACCAUCCCAGCAACAAGGAGGGUGGCAUGGCUGGCUUGGAGGAGGUGGUUCUGCCCAACACCACAGACGUGCCUCCUAUCCCCCAGGAGCUGCUGAGGAAAUACAUCAUGUACUCCAAGGAAAGGGUCCGGCCCAAACUCAACCAGAUGGACCAGGAUAAGGUGGCUCGCAUCUACAGCGACCUACGCAAAGAGUCCAUGGUGAGUGUUACAACCGGUGAUUCGAACCCUCUUCCAAUAAGACUGUAAGCUAGCUGAGCUAAUGCCUGGGGAGCUAAUGCAAGUCCAUAGCUGGCAUGGGUCGAUUUCGUGUGUGUAUAAUGCUUGAGGGGCGUCGUGACCCAUCAUAUAUCCAAACUGUGUACUGUCAAUAUUGAUUCAAUAGCUUCAUGUGUUGUGUCUGUGUAGGCGACAGGCAGCAUCCCCAUCACGGUGCGUCACAUCGAGUCUAUGAUCCGCAUGGCGGAGGCCCACGCCAGGAUGCACCUCCGAGACUACGUGGUGGAGGAUGACGUCAACAUGGCCAUCAGAGUCAUGCUGGAGAGCUUCAUCGACACGCAGAAGUUCAGCGUCAUGAGGAGCAUGCGGAAGGUGGGCGGGGAUGUUCGCUAGAGCAAACUGUAGCAAAACGUUUUGCAAUGGGAAAGGGGUCAUAUGUGUUCUAGUUCAUUUGCAUGGAUGAAAACACAGUUCUGUAAAGGGUAAGAUUGUGCAGGAGUGAAAAAGCCCAACAUAGAUUUGUCUCCCCUUAGUGGUCAUACACUAUUACUAAAUUAGGAUUGGACUGUCUGUCAGAACAAGGUGAAUACAGUAUGUCUGAAACACUGAUUCCUGGUCCUCUAGACGUUACCUGGCGUUCAGACGAGACGACAAGCUGCUGCUUUUUAUUCUGAAACUCAUUUAUCCCUCGGUUCCUCUUCUCUCUAGACGUUUGCCCGUUACCUGGCGUUCAGAAAAGACAACAAUGAGUUGCUGCUGUUCAUCCUGAAGCAGCUGGUGUCAGAGCAGGUGGCGUAUCAGAGGAACCGAUAUGGAGCCCAGCAGGACACCAUCGAGAUCCCAGAGAAAGACCUGGUGGACAAGGUAAUGAUGAGCUGCUAGUCAUGAUGGUGGUGUCUCAAUGAAUGGUGUCUUCCUUUUAAUUUCCUCUAAUGUACUAUACCAAGCUGGUAACCAUGGUGCAAUCUCAAUAAUCUGAGAUGGUUUUCCCUCAUCUGCACUCUAGCGAGAUGCUAACCGUUGGCAUAAUCUCAAUCUGAGAUGGUUUUCCCUCGUCUGCACUCUAGCGAGAUGCUAACCGUUGGCAUAAUCUCAAUCUGAGAUGGUUUUCCCUCAUCUGCACUCUAGCGAGAUGCUAACCGUUGGCAUAAUCUCAAUCUGAGAUGGUUUUCCCUCAUCUGCACUCUAGCGAGAUGCUAACCGUUGGCAUAAUCUCAAUCUGAGAUGGUUUUCCCUCAUCUGCACUCUAGCGAGAUGCUAACUGUUGGCAUAAUCUCAAUCGUGUGAAGUUGUUUUCUAUUUCUGUUCUUCCCCUUGGGGAAUAAUCAUGUUUCGGCAGGUAGCUUAGUGGUUAAGAGCGUUGUGCCAGUAACCGAAAGGUCGCUGGUUCUAAUCCCCGAGCUGACUAGGUGAAAAAUCUGUCGAUGUGCCCUUGAGCAAGGCACUUAACCCUAAUUGCUCCUGUAAGUCGCUCUGGAUAAGAGCGUCUGCUAAAUGACAAAAAAUGUAAAUGUAAAAUAUACAAUGAACAAAAAUAUAAAUGCAACAUUCUAUGUCUUGAGUGCAUUAAAAAUAAUUUGGGACCUUUUGUGAAGUUCAAUAGUUUCCCCCAUGUACAGUGCAUUCUGAAGGUAUUCAGACCCCUUGACUUUUUCCACAUUUUGUUACGUUACAGCCUUGUUCUAAAAAGGAUUACAUUGUUUUCCCCUCAUCAAUCUAUACACAAUGUACCCCAGAAUGACAAGGCUAAAACAGUUUUUUUUUUUUUUUUUUUUAAUUUCGCAAAUGUAUAAUAAACCUGGAAAUAUCACAUUUACUAAGGUAUUCAUACCCUUUACUCAGUACUUUGUUGAAGCACCUUUGGCGGCGAUUUCAGCCUCAAAUUAAAUCAAAUUGUAUUUGUCACAUGCGCCGAAAUACAACAGGUAGACCUUACUGUGAAAUGCUUACUUACAAGCCCGUAACCAACAAUGCCGUUCAAGAAAUAGAGAGAAUAUUAUCUAAAUAGACUAAAGUAAAUCAAAAGUAACACAAUAAAAUAACAAAUACGAGGCUAUAUACACAGGGUACCGAGUCAAUGUGCGGCGGUACAGGUUAGUCGAGGUAAUUUGUAGGUAGGGGUAAAGUGACUGCAUAGAUAAUAAACAGCGAGUAGCAGCAGUGUAAAAACAAAUGGAGGGGGGCUCAAUGUAAAUAGUCCGGGUGGCCAUUUGAUUAAUUGUUCAGCAGUCUUAUGGCUUGGGGGUAGAAGCUGUUAAGGAGCCUUUUGGUCCUAGACUUGGCGCUCCGGUACCGCUUGCUGUGCGGUAGCAGAGAGAACAGUCUAUGACUUGGAUGACCUGGAGUAUUUGACAAAAACAUUUCUGGGCCUUCCUGACACCGCCUAGUAUAUAGGUCCGGGAUGGCAGGAAGCUUUGCCCCAGUGUUGUACUGGGCCGUACGCGUUACCCUCUGUAGCGCCUUACGGUCAGAUGCCGAGCAGGUGCUAUACCAGGCGGGGAUGCAACCGGUCAGGAUCCUCUCAAUAGUGCAGCUGUAGAACGUUUUGAGGAUCUGAGGACCCAUGCCAUAUCCUUUCAGUCUCCUGAGGGGGGAAAAGGUGUUGUCGUGCCCUCUUCACGACUGUCUUGGUAUGUUUGGACCAUGAUAGUUUGUUGGUGAUGUGGACACCAAGGAACUUGAAGCUCUCAACCUGUUCCACUACAGCCUGUUGUUGCCUACCCUUACCACCUGGGGGUGGCCCGUCAGGAAGUCCAGGAUCCAGUUUCAGAGGGAGGUGUUUAGUCCCAGGGUCCUUAGCUUUGAGGGCACUAUGGUGUUGAACGCUGAGCUGUAGUCAUUGAACAGCAUUCUCACAUAGGUGUUCCUUUUGUCCAGGUGGGAAAGGGCAGUGUGGAGUGCGAUUUGAGAUUGCGUCAUCUGUGUAUCUGUUGGGGCGGUAUGCGAAUUGGAGUGGGUCUAGGGUUUCCGGGAUGAUGGUGUUUAUGUGAGCCAUGGCCAGCCUUUUCAAAGCACUUCAUGGAUACCGACGUGAGUGCUAGGGGCAGUAAUCAUUUAGGAAGGUUACCUUCGCUUCCUUGGGCACAGGGGCUAUGGUGGUCUGCUUGAAACAUGUAGGUAUUACAGACUCGGUCAGGGAGAGGUUGAAAAUGUCAGUGAAGACACUUGCCAGUUUGGUCCGCACAUGCUUUGAGUACACAUCCUGGUAAUCCAUCUGGCCCCGCGGCUUUGUGAAUGUUGACCUGUUUAAAGGUCUUGCUCACAUCGGCUACAGAGAGCGUGAUCACACAGUCGUCCGGGACAUCUGGUGCCCUCAUGCAUGCUUCAGUGUUGCUUGCCUCGAAGCGAGCAUGAAAGGCAUUUAGCUCGUCUGGUUGGCUCACGUCACUGGGCAGCUCGCGGCUGGGUUUCCCUUUGUCGUCCGUAAUAGUUUCCAAGCCCUGCCACAUCCGAAGAGUGUCAGAGCCGGUUUAGUAGUAUUUGAUCUUAAUCCUGUAUUGACGCUUUGCCUGUUUGAUGGUUAGUCUGAGGGCGUAGCGGGAUUUCUUAUAAGCGUCCGGAUUAGUGUCCCGCUCCUUGAAAGCGGCUGCUCUAGCCUUUAGCUCGAUGCGGAUGUUGCCUGUAAUCCAUGGUUUCUGGUUGGGAUAUGUACGUACAGUCACUGUGGGGGCGACGUCGUCAAUGCACUUAUUGAUGAAGCCGUUGACUGAGGUGGUAUACUCUUCAAUGCCAUUGAAUGAAUCCCGGAACAUAUUCCAGUCUGUGCUAACAAAACAGUCCUGUAGCAUAGCAUCCGUGUCAUCUGACCACUUCCGUAUUGAGCGAGUCACUGGUACUUCCUGCUUUUAGUUUUGGCUUGUAAGCAGGAAUCAGGAGGAUAGAAUUAUGCUCAGAUUUGCCAAAUGGAGGGAGAGCUUUGUAUGAGUCUCUGUGUGUGGAGUAAAGGUGGCAUAGAUUUUUUUAUUAAUUUUUUCUCUCUGGUUGCACAUGUGACAUGCUGGUAGAAAUGAGGUAUUCAGUCUUCUUGGGUAUGACGUUCCCUCGUUCCUGACUAGUCUCCCAGUCCCUGCUGCUGAAAAACAUCCCCACAGCAUGAUUCUGCCACCAUCAUGCUUCACUGUAGGGAUGGUGCCAGGUUUCCUCCAGACGUGAUGCUUGGCAUUCAGGCCAAGGAGUUCAAUCUUGGUUUCAUCAGACCAGAGAAUCUUGUUUCUCAUGGUCUGAGUCCUUUAGGUGGGCUGUCAUGUGCCUUUUUACUGAGGAGUCACUUCCGUCUGGCCACUCUACCAUAAAGGCCUGAUUGUUGGAGUGCUGCAGAGAUGGUUGUCCUGGAAGGUUCUCCCAUCUCCACAGAGGAACUCUGGAGCUCUGUCAGAGUGACCAUCGGGUUCUUGGUCACCUCCAUGACCAAGGCCCUUCUCCCCCGAUUGCUCAGUUUGGCCGGGCGACCAGCUCUAGGAAGGGUCUUGGUGGUUCCAAACUUCAUCCAUUUAAGAAUGAUGGAGGCCACUGUGUUCUUGGGGACCUUCAAUGCUGCAGACAUUUUUUGGUACACUUCCCCAGAUCUGUGCCUCGACACAAUCCUGUCUGUGAGGUCUACAUACAAUUCCUUCGACCUCAUGGCUUGGUUUUUGCUCUGACAUGCACUGUCAACUCAGGGACCUUUAUAUAGACAGGUGUGUGCCUUUCCAAAUCAUGUCCAAUCAAUUGCAUUAACUCCAAGUUGUAGAAACAUCUCAAGGAUGAUCAAUGGAAACAGGAUGCACCUGAGCUCAAUUUCGAGUCUCAUAGUAAAGGGUCUGAAUACUUAUGUAAGUAAGGUAUUUCAGUGUUUUAUUUUUAAUGUGCAAAAAUGUCUAAACCUGUUUUCGCUUUGUCAUUAUGGGGUAUUGUGGGUAGAUUGAUGAGAGAAAAAAAAAUAAUAUAUAUAAUGCUCAAAAAAAUAAAGGGAACACUAAAAUAACACAUCCUAGAUCUGAAUGAAAUAAUCUUAUUAAAUACUUUUUUCUUUACAUAGUUGAAUGUGCUGAGAACAAAAUCACACAAAUUAUCAAUGGAAAUCAAAUUUAUCAACCCAUGGAGGUCUGGAUUUGGAGUCACCCUCAAAAUUAAAGUGGAAAACCACACUACAGGCUGAUCCAACUUUGAUGUAAUGUCCUUAAAACAAGUCAAAAUGAGGCUCAGUAGUGUGUGUGGCCUCCACGUGCCUGUAUGACCUCCCUACAACGCCCGGGCAUGCUCCUGAUGAGGUGGUGGAUGGUCUCCUGAGAGAUCUCCUCCCAGACCUGGACUAAAGCAUCCGCCAACUUCUGGACAGUCUGCUAAUUGCCUAUAAUUUCCACCUGUUGUCUAUUCCAUUUGCACAACAGCAUGUGAAAUGUAUUGUCAAUCAGUGUUGCUUCCUAAGUGGACAGUUUGAUUUCACAGAAGUGUGAUUGACUUGGAGUUACAUUGUGUUGUUUAAGUGUUCCCUUUAUUUUUUUGAGCCGUGUAUAUACAGUGGGGAGAACAAGUAUUUGAUACACUGCCGAUUUUGCAGGUUUUCCUACUUACAAAGCAUGUAGAGGUCUGUAAUUUUUAUCAUAGUACACUUCAACUGUGAAAGACGGAAUCUAAAACAAAAAUCCAGAAAAUCACAUUGUAUGAUUUUUAAGUAAUUAAUUUGCAUUUUAUUGCAUGACAUAAGUAUUUGAUACAUCAGAAAAGCAGAACUUAAUAUUUGGUACACAAACCCUUGUUUGCAAUUACAGAGAUCAUACGUUUCCUGUAGGUCUUGACCAGGUUUGCACACACUGCAGCAGGGAUUUUGGCCCACUCCUCCAUACAGACCUUCUCCAGAUCCUUCAGGUUUCGAGGCUGUCGCUGGGCAAUACGGACUUUCAGCUCCCUCCAAAGAUUUUCUAUUGGGUUCAGGUCUGGAGACUGGCUAGGCCACUCCAGGACCUUGAGAUGCUUCUUACAGAGCCACUCCUUAGUUGCGCUGGCUGUGUGUUUCGGGUCGUUGUCAUGCUGGAAGACCCAGCCCCGACCCAUCUUCAAUGCUCUUACUGAGGGAAGGAGGUUGUUGGCCAAGAUCUCGCGAUACAUGGCCCCAUCCAUCCUCCCCUCAAUAUGGUGCAGUCGUCCUGUCCCCUUUGCAGAAAAGCAUCCCCAAAGAAUGAUGUUUCCACCUCCAUGCUUCACGGUUGGGAUGGUGUUCUUGGGGUUGUACUCAUCCUUCUUCUUCCUCCAAACACGGCGAGUGGAGUUUAGACCAAAAAGCUCUAUUGUUGUCUCAUCAGACCACAUGACCUUCUCCCAUUCCUCCUCUGGAUCAUCCAGAUGGUAAUUGGCAAACUUCAGACGGGCCUGAACAUGCGCUGGCUUGAGCAGGGGGACCUUGCGUGCGCUGCAGGAUUUUAAUCCAUGACCGCGUAGUGUGUUACUAAUGGUUUUCUUUGAGACUGUGGUCCCAGCUCUCUUCAGGUCAUUGACCAGGUCCUGCCGUGUAGUUCUGGGCUGAUCCCUCACCUUCCUCAUGAUCAUUGAUGCCCCACGAGGUGAGAUCUUGCAUGGAGCCCCAGACCGAGGGUGAUUGACCGUCAUCUUGAACUUCUUCCAUUUUCUAAUAAUUGCGCCAACAGUUGUUGCCGUCUCACCAAGCUGCUUGCCUAUUGUCCUGUAGCCCAUACCAGCCUUGUGCAGCUCUACAAUUUUAUCCCUGAUGUCCUUACACAGCUCUCUGGUCUUGGCCAUUGUGGAGAGGUUGGAGUCUGUUUGAUUGAGUGUGUGGACAGGUGUCUUUUAUACAGGUAACGAGUUCAAACAGGUGCAGUUAAUACAGGUAAUGAGUGGAGAACAGUAGGGCUUCUUAAAGAAAAACUAACAGGUCUGUGAGAGCCGGAAUUCUUACUGGUUGGUAGGUGAUCAAAUACUUAUGUCAUUCAAUGAAAUGCAAAUUAAUUACUUAAAAAUCAUACAAUUAAUCAAUUUUAGAAUAAGGCUAACGUAACAAAGUGGAAAAAGGGAAGGAGUCUGAAUACUUUCCGAAUGCACUGUACGCUGAUCAAAAAUAUAAACACAACAUGUAAAGUAUUGGUUUCAUGAGCUGAAAUAAAAGAUCCUAGAAAUGUUCCAUACGCACAAAAAGCUUAUUUCUCUCAUUUUGUGCACAAAUGUGUUUACAUCCCUGUUAGCAUUUCUCAUUUGCCAAGAUAAUCCAUCCACCUGACAGGUGUGGCAUAUCAAGAAGCUGAUUAAACAGCACAAUCAUUACACAGGUGCACCUUGUGCUGGGGACUAAAGGCCGCUCUAAAAUGUGCAGUUUUGUCACACAACACAAUGCCACAGAUAUCUCAAGUUGGGAGUGACAAUUGGCAUGUGCAGAUGUCCACCAAUCUUUGGAUAUAUUCUUCCUACCAUAUGCCGGUCUUUUAAGUUUGCCUUGCAGGAGCGAGUUGGUGGCGAUUGCUGUGAACAAGUGCCCCAGUGGCGGUGGGUUUAUGGUCUGGCAGGCGUAAGCUAUGCACAACGAGCACAAUUGCAUUUUAUCAAUGGCAAUUUCAAUGCAAAGAAAUAUCGUGACGAGAUCCUGACACCCAUUGAGGCCCUUUUUUUGGGGGGGGGGUGGUUAAUCUGUGACCAACAUAUGCAUAUCUGUAUUCCCAGUCAUGUGAAAUCCAUAGAUUAGGGCCAAAUGAAUUUAUUUCAAUUGACUGAUUUCCUCAUAUGAACAGUAACUCAGUAAAAUCUUGGAAAUUGGUGCAUUUUGUUUUUUUUAUUUUUGUUCAGUAUAGUUGAAUUAUUCUGUUCUCUCCUUCCCCAGGCCAGACAGAUCAGCAUUCACAACCUGUCAGCAUUCUAUGACAGCGAGGCGUUCCGAUCCAACAAGUUCUCUCACGACAUGAAGAAGAAAUUGAUCCUGCAGCAGUUCUAAAUCUGUCUAUCUGCUGUUGCCUGGAGUAAAAAGACUACCCUCUGCGUUCUAAAUGGCACCCUAUACCCUACGUAGUGCACUACUUUUGACCAGGGC